CACUAGGGCUCUGUUUUGUUUGAGGGCUCCUAUGAUGGGAAAGUGCGUGAAGCUUAGACUUGACUACCCAUAGUGUUGUUGAUGUAAGAACUAAUUGUGUCGAUAAGGCAGAUUUCUGGUUGUUGUCUUCGGUGGUAAAAGCCUGCUAACAUCAAUGUUAGCAAUUAGCCUGCUCGGGUAAAUGCUUUGCUCUAGAAUGGACCUGUUGAACUCUCAGUUCCUGGACAAGAUGAACAAUAACAUUGGGAGAAUGCACUACGAUGACGAGUCCAGAAUGCCCUGCCUGUCUACUGCUAUGUCCACCAUAACUGGGCCUCCUCCACACUGCCCAAGCAAGCGAAAGUAUGGGGAAGAACAAAUGGAAGACAGAAUCAGCUGUGAUGAUGACCACAUGACCAAAACGAGCAGACUGUUUCCUGCUCAGCUGGCCCGUCCCUCUUCAGGAGACAACCAUACUGAGCACUGGAGCCUCAGCCAUAGUCCGGUGGAGCAUAUUACUUCUUCUCCUAAUGGUAUCCAUGGGAACCACCUAUAUGCAUCCAUUUCUGGCUACAAUAUAGACCAGCCUCUGGCUCUGACCAAAAGCAGCCAUGACACCGAAGUUAGCAAAAUGGCGAGGUCUGUCAUAAGUGGCGCAGUGGAACGGCAGCAGAAUCGUCCCUCAGUUAUUACAUGCGCACCUGCGAGCAACCGGAAUUGUAACCUGUCACACUGCCACAUGAAUGGCUGUACUCCCAGCCCACCUACUGAUCAGAGAAAGACCAACACUAACGCAGUAUGCGACCCUGUGAUUGAGGAGCACUUCCGUCGCAGCCUUGGAAACGACUACAAAGAAGCAGAGCCGGUGUCUAACUCGGUGUCCAUCACAGGUUCUGUGGAUGACCACUUUGCCAAGGCGCUGGGUGAUGCUUGGCUCCAGAUCAAAGCAAGGGGUGGGGGUCACCAAACUCCAGAGGCUGACCCAUGAGCCAGAAGAGAGCAAUCAUUAUAAUAGUGUGCUUGUAUGAGUGGAGAAUCCCCACUCUAAUUUCUUGCCAAGAAUCAAUUUCCCUUAGCCAAGAACAGUGUAAGACAUAUGGUGCUCACAUGGGUGGUUUACUUGUGGUCCUUGAGGUUAACCCUUUAGAACACUCUGCUCGGAUUUGCAAUUUGAGAUUGGCUGAUCUCUGACAUGGAGGAGAAACUAAAUAUUGCAUCAUGGAUGGUUGUGGAAAAACUGUACAAUCAUAGGCUUUAUUUUAGGAUGAUAAUGAGAUUUACAAAGUGGUAAGUUGCCAGGUUGGGCUCCGUUUUCACCUGCCUUUCAUCUGUCUUGAUAGCCAAAGAUAUUUCCUGCCUUUUCCAUCAACAUGUAAGCCAUAGAUCUAGUCUUUAUUUUUGCUCAAAAAUCACACUGCUUUUAAAUCUAUAUUACUUGAAAAUGACAACCAGGUCUCAUUUGCACUAUUGCGUUUCUGACCGUUAAGGUAGCAGGUUACCUGUUUGAGUUGGAGCUAAUGUGUAAAAAAAAGAAAAACAAAAUGCAAGGCUCUGGUCCCCCUGCUUUCUGAAGACACUAAAACCGUCAUCAUGAUGAUGGUGAACUGGACGUAUCCACUGUUUAAUAAUUUUAGUUUGCUGUCUAUACAUUCACUGUGGCUGAUUACUUAGUACACUAACACCAAUCAUAGAUGAUAUCUCUAACUAGAAAGCAUGUUUCAGAUAGCUGGUUUCUAUUACAAACCUUAUUCUAUACUAUAUAUUUACUCAGAAUUUAUUUUUAUCUUUAACAUUUUAGAAAUACUCACUGCUGGUACAGUUGUACUCAAUAUAUUUUUUGUAUCUGGUUUUCAUUACUAUAUGUAGGUGUACUACUUGGCAUCCAUCUACAAAUCGCAGCCUCUGGCAAGGUUGUCUCGAAUGCAGUUAAAAAGACUGCGUUACUUUUGUUACUCUGGAGCAGGAUGCUGUAGCUUUACACAUGACUGAAAACAGCUAAAUCUCAUCUGUAGCACAGUUUUAUUAGCAAUGGUUUAUUUAUUCUCAACAUGUUGAUUGUUUCAUGUUGACUUAUAGUGAGGUGUAGAGAUAACAGAAGUCUUACCUUUGACGUGUUCCUAGUUGGGAGGGGUUUUUUCAGUGCUUCAUUGACAAUAAAGUUGAUUUCCAUUAAAAAGUUUUAAGUUUAAUACACAUGCACCGGGAGUAACCUUAGUGUUUGAGUUGGCAUCAACAUUCCCCCCUGCUGCUUCUUGAAAUUAAGCAGUCGCUUCAGUUGUGUUUAGGAAGUACUGUUACAGGUGUGUCUAUAUAUUUUUUUAAGUCGGUGAUGUCAUGGUGCGAUGUGCCAAAUUCUCCUUAUUAAAGGAGAAAAGGCUGAACUGAGAAACUUUAUGCAGUUGAGUUUGUUUAAAUAAUCCUUUUAAAAAAAAUCUUGCAUAGUAGCAUUAUCUUUUUGGUAACACCCCCCUUUUUUUAUUUUUGUCAAUUAACUCUUUGCAAAAAAACUCAAAUUUGUAUAAAUAUUCGUCAGUUGUCUCACUCUGUUUUGUCUGUAUUUUAUUUUACGCAUCUAAGACCAUCAUUGCGCCGUGCGGAAUGAUCGUAGAUAUUUUGUGUUCAGAGUAGUGUACUCAGAGUGGCGCUUGUGUUCAUUUUUAAAGGCUGACUAAUUUUCCCUUGAUUCUCAGUUUAUUAAUAAGUGCAGGAACACAACAGUGUUUUGAUCAGACUUUAUGCAGUGUCAGAAAGAUUUUUUGUAAUGGUUUAAAAAGCAUUUAUGUGUGUAGUGGUUGGGGAUUGACAAUGGGAUCUGCUUGUUUGACACAAGUUGUUUUCACUAAUGUGUUUUGGGAUAUUAGGCCAUUGUUAUUUAAUUUCUGUAUUUAGACCAGAUGUAUCUCAAAGGCUGUUUGCAUAAAGUUCUUGCUUCAGGAAUAAUUAUCAUUGAAAAUAAAACAUUUUUCCACUUUUGUCCCUAUUUCUCUGGAAGAAAAUACCACUUUUUUGUACUUACAUCUCUUCCAAAUAAACUUACAAUUACUACCAUUGAA